AUGCUGAAAGGGUUGCCAGCAUACGCAUGGGACCAUGAUAAGGUUUACUGGAAGGAAGGACGCAUCUCCCGUAACCACCGCCUUCGUAAGGACGUUCCACAUGAGCUCUUGGGUCGCCGUACUGCAGAUGACUCUGAUUAUGAGCUGCGGUGGCGCAAUGUGCUACGAUUGACCGAAAUCCCUUGGAUCCGGGGCCACAAAUUCCAGGGUCAAGUUCUGUUUCCUGCUGCUGGCUACGUGACAAUGGCCUUGGAGGCCUCCAAGGCUUUGGUAGGGGAUCGGCACGUUAGGCUGUUUGAGCUUCGAGAUAUUUGCAUCCGAAAGGCUUUGGUCUUAGAAGAGGAUCAAUCUAGCCUUGAGACUGUGUUUUCUGUCAAACGACUAAAUGCAGACUUUGGGAUACAUGAUGAGAAUAUGGACCUCCUCGAGGCUGAGUUCUCUUGCUAUGUUUGUGCUGACGAGACUGUUGGCACUCUUGAGAAGACUGUGUCAGGUAGGAUCAUAAUUCACCUUGGAAGCGGAGUUGAUGUGAAGUUGCCGCCAGCUGCACACUUCUGUACUGAUCUCUCACCUGUUGAUCUAGACAGAUUUUACUCCACUGUCGAAGAACUCGGCUUAAGCUACCAAGGCCUUUUUAAAGGUCUAGAUCAUGCUGAGCGGAUGCUGAACCACUCCCAUGCUCUUGCGGUAUGGGAAAACCAUAGCAUGGGAGCAGGAUCUAUGGUUCACCCUGCACUAUUGGACGUCAUGUUUCAGGCGAUCUUUGUAGCUUCCAUUUCACCGGCCGCUCCCAGUACUCUCUGGACACCCUAUCUUCCCGUCUCUAUCGAUCGCAUCAUCGUGGAUCCUGAUCAUAUACCUGUAUAUUCUCACCCUGAAGUGAGGGCUCAUAUACAGGCGUACGUUACAAAGUCAUCGGCAUCUUCAAUUGUUGGUGACAUUCACCUUCUGGAUUCGAAUGGCAUUCAUAAUGGCAUCCAGGUUGAGGGAUUGUCUCUAAAGUCAGUCGCCGAACCUACUGAAGAGAACGAUCGCUCGAUUUUCUCCCAGACUGUCUGGGAUACAGACAUUGCCAGCGGUACAGAUUUUCUUAGAGACCGAAAGGAGGAUGCGCAAGAAAGUAAGCUCAUCCACGCCAUAGAGCGAGUCGCGUUAUUUCACUUUCGAAGCCUUGUUGAGGCAAUAACCGUGGAGAAAGCCAAAACCCUUGCGUGGCACCACCAGCUCUUCCUCAAAGCCGUAAAAGCAAACAUAGAGACAAUCAGAACUGGCGGGAACCCAGUAGUUCGGCAAGAAUGGCUAUGCGAUACUCGAGAAACGAUUGAAGACCUUCGAGCUCAACAUCCAGGUCAGAUUGACCUCAACCUAAUGCACGCAGUUAGUGAAAAGCUCAUAUCAAUUGUCUGUGGGGAAACACAGAUUUUGGAAGUCAUGCUCCAGGAUGACAUGCUCAACGACUUUUAUAUGCGAGGUCGCGGUUUCGAGACGAUGAAUAACUGUAUUGCCCGUGCUGUGCAGCAGAUUGCACACAAGCACCCCCGUGCUAAGUAUUUGGAGAUCGGUGCAGGGACCGGAGGCACGACUCACCGCAUCCUGGACACCAUUGAGUCAGCUUACACUUCGUACGAGUACACCGAUAUAUCCUCUGCGUUUUUCGAAAAAGCCUCCCACAAAUUCGACAAACAUGCGAGUAAGAUGGUGUUCAAGGUGCUCGAUAUUGAGAAGGAUGUGGUUGACCAAGGGUUCGAGAACGGCGCGUAUGAUGUUGUCAUCGCUGCGAAUGUUCUUCAUGCUACACGCACGUUGUCUGGAACAAUGGGCCAUAUAAGGUCUCUAUUGAAACCUGGUGGCUACUUGAUCUUCAUGGAGGUCACUGGAGAUCAACUCAGGCUUUUGUUUCUUUUUGGCGCCCUACCCGGAUGGUGGCUCGGAGCUGGGGAGGGUCGCAGCCUAGGCCCUGGAGUCUCGACCAUCGCUUGGGACAACAUCCUCCGUAACACGGGGUUUUCAGGCGUAGAUGACGUAUUCUACGAUUUUCCCGAUCGCUCGAGGCAUACAUGCUCUGUGAUGAUUAGUCAGGCGGUCGACGACCAGCUCAGACUUCUCCGUGAUCCACUAGCCGCCACAGGCAUGCCUAUUAGCGAGCAAGUCCUCAUUAUCGGCGGAGACACAUCAUCGGUUUCCCAACUGGCAUACGAUACAAAGCGCCUCAUUUCGCCAUGGGCAAGUUGUGUGGCGAUUAAUAACAUUGAUGGUCUAGACUCUCUUCUGGCCAAACCAUUAGUCAUGGCAGAGAAAAGUAUGCUCUGGACAACUGAGCCCGAACUUGUGUUUGAUGGAGAUGACAUAUUGAUCCCACGUGUCCUACCAGAUAAAGAGAUGAAUAAUAGGUUCAAUGCGGCUCGCCGUCCUAUCAGCGAGAACCUCUGGAAGGAGAGCACCUGCAUCGAGCUCAGCAACGCCGACAAUAGCAGCGCACCAGCUCUAUUCGAGAUAAAGAACACAAUAAGGCCUGGCGAAACGACCAUCGAUGUCAAGUACUCAUGUCCAGAGUUAUCGCCUCGACUGCCUGUUACCGUCAAGCCUCUGGAGCCCAAAGGCUUGUUCCUUCCUGAUAAGACUUAUCUCAUGAUUGGUAUGACAGGAGAUCUAGGGCGCUCUCUCUGCAGAUGGAUGGCCGAACAUGGUGCUCGAUAUGUAGUGCUCACCAGCCGUAAUGCUGAGGUUGACAGUGCUUGGAUUGAGAGCAUGGCCGCGAUAGGCGCUACCGUCAAGGUCUACAAGAUGGAUGUGUCCAAUCGAAAAUCGGUCCUUGGCGUCUACACCACCAUCAAAAAUUCGCUUCCAACGAUAGCAGGCGUUUGCAAUGCAGCCAUGGUGCUCGAGGAUAGGCUCUUUGCUAAUAUGACCGUUGGUGCCUUGAGCAAAGUUUUUGAACCAAAGGUUGAGGGGUCAAAAGUCCUGGAUGAGAUUUUCCACGAACUAAAUUUGGAUUUUUUCAUACUUUUUUCUUCACUGACUAGUAUCCUUGGCAAUGGUGGUCAAUCCAAUUACCACGCCGCUAAUCUAUUCAUGACUAGUAUGUGCGCUCAACGCCGUGCUCGAGGUCUUGCUGCAUCGGUCAUGCAUAUCGGCAUGGUUGCGGAUAUUGGGUACGUUGCCAGGAGUGACCGGCAUAUUGAAAACCACCUUCGUAAGCUUCAAUAUCACCCCAUGUCAGAGACCGAUAUGCAUUACCUCUUCGCUGAGGCCGUUAUGAGCAGCCGUGCAGAUCAUCCGGGCAAUUGGAACAUUGUAUCUGGCAUCGAAACAUUUGUCGACGCCCCUGGCGUAAAGCUCCGCCCACCUCACUACCACAACCCGCGCUUCGCUCACUAUGUCCGCGAAGAAAAUGCUAGGAAGGAGGAUUUGCGAACCGACAAGACAGAAAAGAGUGUAAAAGAACUCCUUGAGGAUGCAAUUUCAGAAGAGGAUGUUACGACAGUAUUUCAACAGGCCUUUCUGAUAAAGCUGGAGAGGCUGACACAGCUGGAGUCCCACAGAAUCGAUGCCAAUAAGUCGCUUCUUAAUCUAGGUGUGGACUCUCUGUCCGCCGUAGAGAUCCGCAAUUGGUUCUUGCAGACUGUUGGUGUGGAUAUUCCAGUUUUGAAACUACUUCGCGGCGAUACAGUCUCUGAAAUCAGCAUUGAUGCCACCAAAAAGUAUCUUGCACAAAGGACUUCCUAA